CCCAUUAGGGUUUUGGCUAAUAUAAAGGACUACUAGUUGCAAACCCUAGUUUCUGAUCCCCUCUUCCUUCAGCAGAUCGCCGACGACAGCGCCGCCGGUGACCGGUAAACAUGGUGCACGUCAACUUUUAUCGUAACUACGGGAAGACCUUUAAGAAGCCUCGACGUCCCUAUGAGAAGGAGCGAUUGGACGCAGAGUUGAAGCUUGUAGGAGAAUAUGGAUUGAGGUGCAAAAGGGAGCUUUGGCGAGUUCAGUAUGCUUUGAGCCGUAUCAGAAAUGCUGCUAGAAUGCUUCUGACCUUGGAUGAGAAAGACCCACGUCGUAUUUUUGAAGGUGAGGCACUUUUGAGAAGGAUGAACAGAUAUGGAUUAUUGGAUGAGAGCCAGAACAAGCUCGAUUAUGUCUUGGCUCUUACUGUGGAGAACUUUCUUGAGCGUCGUCUCCAAACCCUUGUCUUCAAGACUGGCAUGGCCAAGUCAAUCCACCAUGCUAGAGUGCUAAUUAGGCAAAGGCAUAUCAGGGUCGGAAGACAGGUGGUGAAUGUUCCAUCCUUUAUGGUGAGAGUCGACUCACAGAAGCACAUUGACUUCUCUCUCACUAGUCCUUUCGGUGGUGGUCGCCCUGGAAGAGUGAAGCGAAGGAACCAGAAAGCUGCUGCAAAGAAGGCAUCCGGUGGCGAUGGAGAUGAGGAAGAUGAAGAAUGAUCACCUAGUUACAUAUGUGGAGCUUUGAUGCCCAUAUAGUAUUGUCUCUUAUCUGCAAUUUUAAGUGAAUUUUGCACUCUAGGCUUUGGACUAAAUUUACUUUGAAGCAAUUGACCUGGUUUUUUAGAG